AUGUCUCGAUACGACGAAUUUCGCCGCUCCACUGGAGUGCUCGAAACAGAGCCUGACCGCUGGGAUCCGGAUCGUUUUGCUCGUGAGCGACGGGAACGCCAUCAUUCCCGUGGCCCGCCAGUUCUCGAUCGACCCCGCCGGGUAGAGGAUGAACGAUUUGAAUAUCGCCUACAGGAGCAUGACCGGUACGGCCCUCCUGCACGCCGCCCCGGCAGGCAGUAUGAGGACGACCAUCUCAUCCACCCGUCAGGACCGCUGGUGGCCUAUGACCAUUCACGCGCGGACAGCCCUCCUCCCCGUCCCCGUCUCCUACGACGGCAAUCUUCCUUAGAUACGUUCGACCGAAUCCCCUCGCGCAAGCUCGAUGAGUACUAUUAUCGUCCGGCCGCUCCCAGGGUAGCCGCCAGUCCCCCACCGGCGCGGAGACGGUCCUUUCGACACUCCCGCGAGCCAGACUACUACGAGGAGAUCCGCAUCGCAGAACCAGAUUAUUACGGCGACGAGGAAUAUCGCGGUUUCCGGGAACGAACUCGCGCUUCCGCGCACCCGCGUCGCUCGGGCAGUCAUUUCCGCGAGCGGGUAGUCGAAGAGAAGGUUGAAAUCGACAAACCGUAUCCCCGUAAAGGCAAGACCAGGGUACCCCGAAAGUUAAUUCAUACUCAUGCAAUUCGUGAGCUUGGGUACCCUUAUGAGGAAGAGGGUGACAUGGUCAUUAUCCAACUUGCGCUUUCCAAGGACCAAAUCGAUGAAGUGAUCAGUCGAAGUCGCACGAUCAAGCGCCGGACCGAAACUCGGAUCAUCCACACCUCGCCGUCUCCCGUACGGGAUAAGACAAAAGAUAGGACAGUGGAACGAGUCGCCAUGGAGGCCUAUUCGCCCCGGACAAGCUACAAUACCCUGAUUGUUGAGCCGUCGCCUUCACGGCACCGAUCGCGAACGCGUCAAUACGAUAUCUCGGAGCGGAAAGUGACGAGAGCUGUCUCCCGUACGCGGUCUAUUUCGGUUCAUGGCCGCCGCCGUGGUCGGUCGUCGCCUGUGCGCAUGGUCGAGCCCUAUGCUGAGUCCAGCAGCUCUCAUGCAGGCCCACUCCUCGUGGUGCGUCCCCGAGACAGUGACGAAGAUAUCCGUGAAUACAUGCCAUUGGCGCGACGAAGCGGUGAAGUGACCCGGAGGACGGAGUUACUGACCGAUGGCGACUAUGAAGAGGUGAUUGAGACGAAGAAAGAUCGUAAAGUGCAGGCGUUCGGAAAGAACCUUAGUGCGAGCUUUUCGCCUUUCGCUGCGCGCACGCAGCAAAUGAUCAAAGAGCAGUUGGGUCAAGCCGAAGACAAGACUCAACUUCCAGAUGAAUACCUUGAGCUGGAGAAGCGCGUGGACGCUCUUAAGUUGGUCCACCAGAAGCUCCUUCAGGUGACUUCUCAGUACUCUAACGAGGCCUACGACUACCCACCCAACAUCCGCGAGUCAUUCAACGACCUAGGCCGGACCAUCGGUGAAAAGGUUCAACUUCUCUCUCAAGCUUCGUCCCCUGCGGAGGCCCAGGCUGCCCUGACUGCCCCUCCCUCGGCCAAGCCCCAGCCUAAGACGUUCAACCAUGCCAUUGCCCGCGCCUCUCUGUCCGGAUCGCAGACUCUGGCGCAGAGUUCUACCGGCGAGGACCCUCUGGCCACUGCCCUGGAGAAGUAUGCGUUGGCUUCGGAGAAAGUGGGUGAGGCCCGUCUGUCGCAGGAUGGACAAAUCCAGUCGCGCUUUCUCGCUGGGUGGAACACGACCCUCAACACAAACCUGAUGUUUGCGGCCAAGGCGCGCAGAAACGUCGAGAACGCCCGUCUUAUGCUGGACUCAGUCAAGGCUAGCAAGAAGGCGGCUGCUAGGGGUGAUCUGGACAACCUGAGUGAGGAGGCCCGUCAGGAGAUCGAACAGGCCGAGGAUGAGUUCGUCAGCCAGACCGAGGAGGCUGUAAGCGUCAUGAAGAAUGUUCUGGACACUCCUGAGCCUUUGAGGAACCUGGCCGACUUGAUCGCCGCUCAACUUGAGUUCCACAAGCGGGCUUAUGAAAUCCUCAGCGAGCUGGCUCCUGUGGUCGAUGGUUUGCAGGUUGAACAAGAGGCUAGCUACCGCAAGAGCCGUGAGGGAGCUUAG